GUGCGCGGCCCGGCUGUGGGGCCGCGGGCGCGGACAGCUAUGGCGGUGGACAUCACGCUGCUGUUCCGGGCCAGCGUCAAGACCGUAAAGACUCGGAACAAGGCCCUGGGAGUGGCGGUGGGCGGCGGGGUCGAUGGCAGCCGCGAUGAGCUGUUCCGCCGGAGCCCCCGGCCCAAGGGCGACUUCUCCAGCCGGGCCCGCGAAGUGAUUUCUCACAUUGGCAAACUGAGAGAUUUUCUUCUGGAACACAGGAAAGAUUAUAUUAAUGCUUAUAGCCAUAUCAUGUCUGAAUAUGGGAGGAUGACAGACACAGAACGAGACCAGAUAGACCAGGAUGCUCAGAUAUUCAUGAGGACCUGUUCAGAGGCAAUUCAGCAACUAAGAGCAGAAGCCCACAAGGAGAUACAUUCCCAGCAAGUGAAGGAGCACAGGACUGCUGUUCUGGAUUUCAUUGAAGAUUACUUAAAAAGAGUGUGUAAACUUUACUCAGAACAAAGAGCCAUCCGAGUUAAAAGAGUGGUGGAUAAGAAAAGAUUAUCUAAGCUGGAACCAGAACCAAAUACAAAGACAAGAGAAUCCACAUCUUCUGAGAAAGUUUCACAGGAUCCUUCAAAAGACUCUGAAGAAAAACCUGUCACUGAAGAAUAUCCAGAAAAUACUUUGGCCAAAGCACGACCUGAAUUGGGAACCUGGGGGAAUGGCAAAGGUGAAGAUGAAUUAUCCCCAGAAGAAAUACAAAUGUUUGAACAAGAAAAUCAACGACUAAUGGGUGAAAUGAACAGCUUGUUUGACGAAGUGAGGCAAAUCGAAGGGAAAGUGGUUGAAAUUUCCAGACUCCAAGAGAUAUUCACGGAAAAAGUUUUGCAGCAGGAAGCUGAGAUUGAUAGCAUUCACCAACUAGUUGUAGGGGCAACUGAAAAUAUCAAGGAGGGCAAUGAAGACAUAAGAGAGGCCAUUAAAAACAAUGCAGGCUUCCGUGUGUGGAUCCUCUUCUUCCUGGUGAUGUGCUCCUUCUCCUUGCUCUUCCUCGACUGGUACGACAGCUAGCCUGGCGCAGGUGGCUCUGCCGGCAGUGGGCAGUGGGUGCCCAGUCCGGGAAUCUGCACGGGCGCUUCUGACAAACCAUGUGCCAUCAUGUGUCUCUGGUGCUGGAGCGUGGUUAUGACCAGAUCUUAUCACAGAGCCACUGAGGGGAGAGGGGAUUGAGACAGACACAUGUACUCCCACAAGAGGGAUACCCAAACCAGUGGUUUUAAACCUAUUUAGCAGAUGAAAAAGGAAACAGUGAACGCAGAUUGAAAGUGACCUGUGUUGUAAUCAUAAGGCAAAACAGAUUGAACGAGGAGACAUAGGUAUUAACUGCACCUAACCCUGAAGCUGCUGUGGCAGGGACGGCUCCAGGGGAGGGCACAUCAGGGCUCAGGCUUCCCCAGGUCAUCUCAGGUCUCAAAGCAGUCGCUGGCCUUUCCCAUCCCGGUAGCUUCGGGGAAAAUCACUAUUAUUAAUGUCUCCCAACAAAUGAUUACUUCUGUGUUUCCUUGUGGCUUCUUGUCUACCUGAGUCAACCAAUACACAGACUCAUUAUGUCAUAGAAAAGCUCACAUUUGCUUUGCUAAUCUAAUAAAUAUGAUCACAACCACUUAAUGUAUUGUCGAUGAGUCUAAGUUGAGAAAUUCAGUGGACGCCUGCCCCCUCAUGUCAGGGAAGAAGUACAGGACAGACUGGGGCCCUCAGCAAGGGGCUACCUGGCCUGACUCCUCCGAGAACUGCUGCCCCAACACUUUACUGGCAGGGCAGGCAGGGGCCGUGGGAGGCCUGGUUUCCUGCCACUGGGUCCAGGCCAUAGAAGAACAGGGCCUGCUGUUCUUGUGCCCGUGUGUCUGACCCUCCAGGAAGUAGACACAGGAACACCGAUUUGUAAUUGAAUUGAACUGUAAUGUAAUUGAACUGUAAUGUGGUCCUGAGACAUCUCGACCACAUCCGUGCAGAAAGCCUCCCAGCAUCCCCGUGGGCGUGGGACGGUUCGCAGUGCUCCUGGAAACGCGUGUGCAUACAGACAGUCCAUUGGGCUGCACGGGUAUCCUUGUGUUCUUUAUUUGCACAGAGUGAAAUGUUAGAAGUUACAUGUGAAUGAAUUUACAGUCAAUAAAGUACAUGUCUACUAGAAAA